AUGCGCUUCCACCCUUGCGCUUUCCCCGCCUUUUGCGCUUCCGCCCGUGCGCUUUCCCCGCUUGCUGCGCUUAUCCGGCUCUUCCGCCUGCCAUACCCCCCAAUGUCUCCACCCUUCCGCUCCCCACUCCUCCCCCUCCUCUCCAGAAAUACAAAAUACGAGCAUCUGAUAGGGAAGCGGGAGGGGCAGAAGGUUCUGUGGGAUGCAAAGUACGAGCAUCUGAUAGAGAAGCAGAAGGUUGUGCAGAAGGUUGUGCGGGGUGCAGUACGGUACAGUGAGCGUUAUUCCAGGCUGACCGUUCCCCCCUGCUCCUCCCCCCCUCUCCAGAAGUACGAGCAUCUGAUAGAGAAGCGCGAGGGACAGAAGGUGGUGCGGGAUAUGGGGGGAGGGGAAGGGGAGGGGGAAGGGGGAGAGGGGGAGGAAGCAGGAGGAGGAGCGGGGGGGGUAGGGGGAGCGGUAGCAGGAAGGCAGACAACACAUGAUGACGAUGGUGAGUGGGGCAUGGGGAUGGGGGUGGUGAUGGGGGAUGGGGAUGGGGAUGGGGAUGGGGAUGGGGAUGGGGAUGGGGAUGGGGGAUGGGGAUGGGGGAUGGGGAUGGGGGAUGGGGAUGGGGGAUGGGGAUGGGGGUGGUUGCGGGUGGGGGGGAGUGGUGGGGGUGGGGAUGGGGAUGGGGGUGGUGAUAGGAAUGAGCUUGCAGGUGGGGGGGAGUGGUGGGGGAAGUGGUGGGGGGAGUUUUGGGGGGAGUGGUGGGGGGAGUGGUGGGUGGGGGGAGUGGUGGGGGUAUGGCAGGCAGCAGGAGGGCAGAUGGCACAUGAUGACGAUGGUGAGUGGGGGAUGGGGAUGGGGGUGGGAAUUGGGUGGCGUGUUGUGGGGAGUGAUGGGGUUGGGAAUAUGGGUGGGCGAGUAAUGGGGAUGGGGCAGGAAACGCAGGGCAAAUGGCACAUGGUGAUGAUGAUGAUGGGUGGGUGGUGGGGAUGGGGGUGGCGAUUGGGGAUGGGGAUGGGGAUGGGGAUGGGGAUGGGGAUGGGGAUGGUGAUGGGGAUGGGGAUGGGGAUGGGGAUGGGGCUACAGGCAAGGGGAAGGGGAGGAGGCGACAUGGGUGGGGGGCCAGGAGGGCGGAUUGCACAUGAUGAUGACGAUGGUGAGUGGGUGGGUGGGUGGGUGGUGGCUGGUGAUGUGGAUGGGGAUGGGGAGGCAUGGGAAAGGGGAAGGGGAAAGAUGGUGGGGGGGCGGGUGGGGAGGGGGAAGCCACUGAUGAUGAUGGCGAGUGGUGCCUGCUGA